CGCGUCGACGCGCACCGCGAGCAUACGGACAUUCCUAGUCCAAUUAUCUAUUAGUUACUGCCGAUAAUCAGCGCGGGUAGUGCACUGACUCACGCUUUUUACGCAUAUCAAACAAUACUCGGGACCACCAUCCAUCUACUUGACGCGAAGGAACCUCAUCAGCAGACUAGACAAUGGCAGUUGCGGCGACGAUCGACCCACAGCAGCUGCUCGCUUCUUCAAGUGGCACGGAGACUAUGUACUCGCAGGUUACGGCCCAGCAGUCCGCACCUGCAGGAACCGUCUCGCCCCAGCAUGCCUUAAGCAUGCUUACCCCUGAUCAGCUGAGGGGGAUGGUCCAGAGAGCCAGGAUGCUCAUGAAGCUCAUGCAGAGGGAUGAGGAGCAGGAAGCUGAACUUGCCCGCAUUAGGGCGGUGUUACAAUACUAUCAACAAUAUCAUCGUGCGCAAGCCUAUCAACAACAUGCUUAUCUUGCCCAUCAGCGGGCACACGCCGCUUCCCUCUCUGCCCCAAGCGCCAAUGGAUGGGCGUCCAAGCCCUCUCCAUCCCCCGAAAACGGUGAAUCCCAGCCCCUGCCAAACGGCGUGUCUCCAUCCACCACCACGCUCGACCCGACAAUCAGCGCCAUCCUCUCUGGCCCCCUCCCGCCUGAGCCCGAACCAAAUCAGCCCGUUAUCUUUACCCCGACCCAGCUUAAUACACUCCGAUAUCAAAUAUAUGCCUUCAAGCUCCUCUCGCGUGGCUUGCCGCUCCCCGCGCAUGUGCAGCUAGCCAUCCAGCGGCCGGAGGAGGCGGUGGAACGAGAGGAAGAGACGGUCGCCCUCGCAGGAAAGACAACAAUGGAUAGGAUCGUCGAUUCUGCUGUACGCGCCCACGUGGGUGCGAAGGCCCAAGGCACAAACGGUGAUAUAGACAUGCAUGACGUGGAUGAGGAGAGCAGCGGUGACCUCACGAACGGCGGCGUCAUCCCUUUUACCCAUCUCAAACGGCCACGGCAUCCGUUCCAACGGCUCGAAGCGACUAAGUACGAGCGCAUGCUCAUCUCCCCCACAACACCUAUGAACCUCGACCCACAGAUGCUCUUGGCUGAGCGGGAUCACUUUGUCGAGGCACGCGUGAAUCAGCGUGUUCGCGAGCUCGAGGCUUUGCCGAUCACUUUUGGCCAGGGCGGUGGACCCAAGUUCAAGCUGUCUGAUUUGACCAUGGACAUUGAUGAAGCACAUGACGAAGUGAAACCGACGAGCGGUCGCCUUCGUACGAUCAUCGAGCUCAAGGCGCUCAAGUUGCGCGAAAAGCAGCGUCAGUUGCGGCAGGAUGUGAUUGCCACCUACACCCGAUCGUCAUUCAUCAACCAGUCGUCAACACGCGCCGCACUGACAAAGCUUCGACAGCAGACGGUGCGCGACGCACGCACGACCGAGGUGCUGGAGAAGAAGCAACGCGACGAGCGGAUCAGGAAGAGCAAGCAGAAGCAGCUUGACUACCUCCAGAGCAUUAUCAACCAUGGCCGGGAUAUGCUCGCUGCGCGCAAGGCAGCGGUGCAAAACAGCCAGAGGUUCGGGAAGAUGGUGCUCAGAUUCCACGCGGAUUGGGAGAAAGAGGAACAACGCCGGCUCGAGAGGCUUAGCAAGGAUCGGCUCAAGGCUCUCAAGAAUGACGAUGAGGAGGCAUAUAUGAAGCUCGUUGAUACCGCCAAGGAUACGCGUAUCACUCAUCUGCUCAAAAAGACGAACGAGUACCUCGAGAAUCUCACCCAGGGUAUUCUUGCCCAGCAGAAGGCGGCAGGCGUCUCGGCGAUCCUCUCGGACGAAGCGCCUGUCACCGAGGCUACGUUUGGCGCGAAUGGGUUCGAUGAUGGCGAACCUGCCAACGACAAGCAGAAGGCGGAUUACUAUGCUGUUGCCCAUAGGGUCCAGGAGAAAAUCACCGAGCAGCCUUCUAUCCUCGUGGGAGGUUCGCUCAAGGACUACCAACUCAAGGGCUUGCAGUGGAUGGUCAGUCUGUACAACAACAAGCUUAACGGUAUCCUGGCCGAUGAGAUGGGUCUUGGGAAGACAAUUCAGACCAUCUCCCUUGUCACCUUCCUGAUCGAAAAGAAGCGCCAACCCGGACCUUAUCUCGUCAUCGUCCCUCUGUCCACUCUGACGAACUGGACGCUCGAGUUCCAGAAGUGGGCACCCAGUGUUCACACAAUUGUCUACAAGGGCUCUCCACCUGUUCGAAAGCAGAUUCAACAUCAGAUUCGUCAUGGCGGUUUCCAGGUACUCCUGACGACAUACGAAUAUAUCAUCAAGGACAGGCUGGCGCUGAGUAAGCUCCGCUGGCUCUACAUGAUCAUUGAUGAGGGACAUCGCAUGAAGAAUACGCAAAGUCGGCUGUCGACUACGCUUACUACCUUUUAUACCUCCCGCUAUCGUCUCAUCCUCACUGGCACACCGCUGCAGAACAACCUUCCUGAAUUAUGGGCAUUGCUCAAUUUCAUCCUUCCGCAUAUAUUCAACUCUUCGGAAUCGUUUAUGGAUUGGUUCAGUCGGCCAUUCGCAAACACUGGAGGGCAGGAGAAACUGGAACUGAAUGAAGAAGAAGCGUUGCUCGUGAUUCGCGGUUUGCAUAAAGUUCUACGACCUUUCUUGCUCCGUCGCUUGAAGAAAGACGUCGAGAGCGAGCUACCAGACAAGACGGAGAAGAUCAUCAAAUGCCGCAUGAGCGCCUUGCAAGCCAGAAUGUACGAUUGGAUGAAGAAGUAUAAGGCUGUGCUCACCAUCGCUGGUGACGGGAAGGCGCGUGCCACCGGUGGAAAAGGUGUCAAUAACACAAUCAUGCAGCUUCGGAAGAUUUGCAACCAUCCGUUUGUUUUCCCUGCUGUUGAUACGGAUAUCAACAUGGGCCGCGUCGACACAGAUCCAAACAUCUACCGAGCGGCUGGCAAAUUCGAGCUUAUCGACAGGAUGUUACCGAAACUGUUCCGUUGCGGGCAUCGCGUCCUCAUCUUCUUCCAGAUGACGGAAGUGAUGACCAUCUUUGAAGACUAUUGCAAUUACCGUCAUUAUCGCUACCUUCGGCUGGAUGGUAUGACCAAGUCAGAGGACCGUGGUGAAGCGAUGAAGAAGUUCAAUGAGAAGGAUUCUCCCUAUAGCCUUUUCCUCCUCUCCACUCGUGCUGGUGGACUGGGUCUGAACUUGCAAACCGCCGACACCGUCAUUAUCUUCGACUCCGACUGGAAUCCACACGCCGAUCUUCAGGCUCAAGAUCGUGCACAUCGAAUCGGACAGAAGAAGGCUGUUAGUGUGUUCCGGCUCAUCACAGACAAGAGCGUGGAAGAGCAUAUGCUUGCUCGUGCACGUGACAAGCUAGACAUGGACGGCAAGGUUAUUCAAGCAGGACGUUUUGAUCAGAAAACCUCUGCCCAGGAACAGGAGAAUCUUCUUCGUUUGCUUCUAGAAGCUGAUGCCGCUGAUGACCAAGAGGAGUCGGUAGAAAUGACGAACGACGAGUUGAACGAAAUUCUGGCUCGAGGUGAUGAGGAAGAAGAGAUCUUCCAGCAGAUGGACAAGGAACUCGAUGCCCGCGAUCUUGCUGAAUGGCGCGCAAAGGGCCAUAUAGGUCCUCUGCCCGAACGCCUGAUGCAGGACUCUGAAUUGCCUUAUGAGUAUUUGCAUCCCAAAGCUCCAGAAGAACUGAAGGAAGAAGAGUUGCUCGCUGGUCGUGGUCAACGUGUCAAGGGGCCUGUCAUGUAUACCGAUGGUCUGACGGAUGAUCAGUUCCUACGUGCGCUUGAGGAGGACGGCACGGAUUUUGCGGAGAUAGUUGAGAAGAAGCGACAAAGGAGAGAACGCCAGGCUGCGAAGAAGGCUGCAUUCGCUGCUGGAUUGCUCACUGUUGACAACUCAGCUCGAGGAACGCCGGAGAGUCCGUUCGAUCAGGACUCAGCCACCCCUGAUUUGUCUCGUGCUACAAGCCAGCUGUGGACUAAUGUCAACGGCACUUCGACUGCACCCUCGCCUGCGGCAAAUGGGGACGGAACGCCGGUGCCUAAAGGGAGAAAGCGUAAGCGCUAUGACGAAUCUUUCCAGCUUGUUGUCGAUGGAGAAGCAGACGGAUCGAGAGAUGAACCGGGCGCAAAACGCCUCAAAGCUGAGGAAGUACAAGAGUCUGGAAAGAAGGGUCGAAAAGCCAAUCCUUUCCGAGACCGCCUAAAAAAAGUCUUCUUACAGGCUUUCCAGCAGGUCCAGAACUCCGUGAGCGAUGAUGGCCACUAUAGAACUGCCAUAUUCAAAGAGCUGCCGGACCCAACGAUGUACCCGGAUUACUACGGGAUCAUUACCAACCCCAUUGCUUUAUCGGUCAUCAAAAGGCGCACAUAUGCGGGCUACUACAGGAGCGUGCCACAGUUCCGUGAGGACUGGAAGCUCAUGUUCGACAAUGCUCGCAGUUAUAAUACUGAAGAGUCACAAGUCUACGAGGAUGCUGUUGUGCUCGAAAAGGAGCUCGACGACAUCAUCAAGAAGCUCACUUACGGGACUGAUCUUCCUGGGGCUGAGGGGGGCACCAAUCCUGUCAGCGAGGAAGAGACGAAGCCCAAUGGAAAGGAGGAACUGAACGACGAAGAUUCCAUGGAUGUAGACGAGCCUCCACCCCCGCCGCCUCCUGAGAAGAAGCCAUUGAAGAUCAAGGUCAAAUUGAGACAGCCAGCAUAG